AUGGCCCAACAAACCCAAGCCGACUCAUCAGCACUUGACACUCAACGCCGUCGCUUUUUGAAGCUCCACGCCGCUCAUAAGGAUCCAGACCAGUUAUUCUGUAAACUGACGGAUGCUGCUGGAUUGGAAAAAGUCCAACAACACAACGACAGACUGGACGGUGUCUUGAACCAUUUGGAACCCGACUUCACAACGCGCGAACGUAUCGGCAAGCGCUGGAAUGAUUUUACCGAAGGCAAAAAUGAAUCCUGGAAAAAUCUCAAGGAGGAGCUCGAACUCACCGACGAACAAAAAAUUGACACACUGAUCCGGUGUGCCCACUUCGUCCGAUUUCCCAAGCGCGACGCUUCUAAAUUAGAACAGGCAGAGAUACUUGAUGCACUUCAGGAACGCGGUCGCUUUUUGGAGUUUCACUCCCAUCAUAAGAAUGCAGCCCAGUUGUUCUGUGAACUUGAGGAUGCUGCUGGAUUGAAAGAGGUCCACCAACACAACAACAGAUUGGACGGUGUUAUUUUCGGUUCGGGACUCGACGACUCAGAGCAAGCGCGUCUCUGCAUGCACUGGUGUUUGCUUUCUAGAGGAAAAGACGGAUCCUUGAAAGACCUCCAGGAGGAGCUCGAACCCGACAAAGAUGAAGAAAAAUUGAAGACACUGAUCCGAUGUGCCUUAUUCGUCCGAUUCCCUGAACGCGACGCUUCCAAAUUGACGAAACUACAAAUGCUUGAUGCACUUGAAGGCUCCACCCCUUCCGUCAAUAUGCAAAUCGACACGACUGAAAACCCGGAGUGUCGCCAAGGAAAUGAAAUGCCUACAGGCAAGCAGCUUGCAGACCCCAUUUCCGCAAGACAAACAGAAAGUCGACUUCGAGGCAGCCGACACUAA